ACCGAAAAGCCAUUUUGUUGCGUAAGCUAGCCGUUUGGGCAAAAUUUAAAUGAAAACAACGUGUUAAAAUGAAUAUCAUGGACUUGUGACACACACCCUCACUAUUUCACCUCUUUGGUGUAUUUUGCUAUCUCAAGAUGUUAAAAUCGAACCAACUCGUCCGCGUAAAUCGUCAUACGAUUUGUGGAUUAGCAAUGAUGCUAAUGCUUUGCGGCGACGACGUUAAGUAUGCUCAGUUUACAGAAGCACACUGUCGCCUAGCCGGCUGCUCUUGAUUGUUUUAUUUGGUUGAGUAACCAAACAUUACUCAGGGUUUUUUCGCAGAUGUGCUGUAUAAAGCCCGCGGCGCAUUUUCUCACGAUCAAAGGUACUUGGUUCAAGAAUUACGCUUUAUAUGGUCACUAGGCGGCUGGGCAAUCAAAGGAAAAACUUGGCGAAAACACUUGGAAGGAGCAAGCGUUAAGCUUUUAAAGCUAAUCUGAUCAUGGCCGAAGACACCAGACAGGACAAGAGGGCCAACUUCUCGGCUUUAACGGACACCAACGGGAUGACCAGGACAUCUUCCAUGUCUUCCGGAAAAUCUGGCUCUUCCAAGAAAUUAGUGAUAAAAAAUUUUAAAGAUCGGCCCAAAUUAGCCGAGAAUUACACUGAGGACACUUGGUUGAAACUGAGAGAUGCAGUCAGUGCCAUCCAGAACAGCACAUCUAUCGAGUACAACCUAGAAGAGCUCUAUCAGGCUGUGGAGAACAUGUGUUCCUAUAAAGUCUCCCCCACGUUGUACAAGCAGCUACGGCAGGUCUGUGAAGAUCACGUGCAGGCCCAGAUCUACCAGUUUAGAGAAGAAUCUUUGGACAACCUGUCUUUCCUGAAGAGGAUGAAUCGCUGCUGGCUGGAUCACUGCCGGCAAACUAUAAUGAUACGAAGCAUCUUUCUCUUCCUGGAUCGCACAUAUGUCCUGCAAAGCUCCUUGCUCCCAUCCAUCUGGGAUACUGGGCUAGAACUGUUCCGUGUCCACAUUGUAAGUGAUAGCGUUGUCCAGAAGCGUACGGUAGACGGCAUUUUGGAGCAGAUCGAACUUGAGCGGAAUGGCGAGACAGCUGACCGCAGUUUGUUGAGAAGCCUGCUGGGAAUGCUUUCAGACCUCCAGGUUUAUAAAGUGUCUUUUGAAGAGAGAUUUUUGUUUGAAACAAAUCGCUUGUACGCCGCAGAGGGACAGCGGUUGAUGCAAGACAGAGAUGUGCCCGAGUACCUGCACCAUGUGGCUCGUCGACUGGAGGAGGAGAACGAUCGUAUCAUGAGCUACCUCGACCUGAGCACCCAGAAACCUCUGAUUAGCUGCGUUGAGAAACAACUUUUAGAAGAGCACAUGACUGCAAUUCUGCAGAAGGGUUUGAGCAUUCUUUUGGACGGGAAUCGUGUGACCGAGCUGGCCCUCCUUUACCAACUGUUCAGUAAGGUGGUGGGAGGACUGGCCACAUUAUUGCAGUUUUGGAGGGACUACAUCAAGUCCUUCGGUGGAGAGAUUGUCUGUACCCCAGAGAAAGACCAGGACAUGGUACAAGAGCUGCUUGACUUUAAGGACAAGAUGGACAAUGUGGCUCAGAGCUGCUUUGCGCGCAACGAGGGAUUCAUCAAUGCCAUGAAGGAGGCCUUUGAGACAUUUAUCAACAAGAGGCCCAACAAACCCGCAGAACUCAUCGCUAAAUACGUGGAUUCUAAGUUGCGAGCCGGUAACAAGGAGGCUACAGAGGAAGAGCUCGAGAGAAUUCUUGACAAGAUCAUGAUCAUUUUCCGCUUCAUACACGGCAAAGAUGUUUUUGAAGCGUUUUACAAGAAAGACUUGGCCAAGCGUCUACUGGUUGGCAAGAGUGCUUCUGUCGAUGCCGAAAAGUCCAUGCUCUCCAAGCUGAAACAUGAAUGCGGAGCGGCAUUUACCAGCAAGCUCGAAGGGAUGUUUAAGGACAUGGAACUCUCCAAAGACAUCAUGAUUCAGUUCAAACAGUACAUGCAAAACCAGAGUGAGCCGAGCAACAUUGAACUAACAGUCAACAUCCUGACCAUGGGCUACUGGCCUUCAUACUCGCCCAUGGAAGUCCACUUGCCCCCAGAGAUGGUAAAACUCCAGGAAGUGUUUAAGCUGUUCUACUUGGGGAAGCACAGUGGGAGGAAGCUACAGUGGCAGCCCACGCUGGGCCACGCUGUCCUUAAGGCAGAGUUCAAAGACGGAAAGAAGGAGCUUCAGGUCUCCCUGUUCCAGACGUUAGUGCUGCUUAUGUUCAAUGAGGGAGAGGAAUUCAGCAUGGAAGAGAUUGGCGCUGCCACGGGUAUAGAGGAGGGCGAGCUCAGGCGUACGUUGCAGUCCCUGGCCUGUGGAAAAGCCCGCGUCCUCAACAAGAUUCCGCGGGGAAAAGAUGUGGAGGACGGAGACCGCUUCGAUUUCAAUAAUGAGUUCAAACACAAACUCUUCCGCAUCAAGAUCAACCAGAUCCAAAUGAAAGAAACUGUAGAGGAGCAGGUCAGCACCACAGAGCGGGUGUUUCAAGACCGGCAGUAUCAAAUCGAUGCAGCUGUGGUGCGCAUCAUGAAGAUGAGGAAGACACUCAGUCACAAUUUACUUGUGUCAGAGCUCUACAACCAGUUGAAGUUCCCCGUCAAGCCCGGCGACUUGAAAAAGCGUAUUGAGUCCCUCAUCGACAGAGACUACAUGGAACGCGAAAAGGAGACGCCAAACCAGUACCACUAUGUUGCCUGAGGGGGCAGCACUGAGCAGCCAUGUUUUUGUGAAGUGUUGGGCUGCUCCCCAAAGCAGCCCCGCAGUCCUUCAGCCGCCGAGUUUAUUCUUGGUACCACGGCAUUGGGUGCAGCAUCCAGGUCACAAAUUUAUCCUAAGAGUUGAGACUUGGCUGGGUUCUGUCCUGCACGCGAUGGCUCUGGGCUCUGCCAUGGGAGUUAAGUCCGAGAGGAGGCUGGAGAAGUGAUCCAGAUUGUUUUGUUUGGUUUAAAAAAAAAAAAGAAAACUAAGACAAGCACUUUCCUUUCACUUUGCUUUGUUUUAUUGCUGUGGGAGGGGAUUUUUUUGUUUGUUUUCCCUCUAUUGCUCUGCUCUGAAGUCGUUUCAGGGUGGGUUUUGUUUUGUAGAAGUUUUAUGUUUUAAGUGUUUAAUUUCUUCCCCAAGAAGUUAUCUCCGAGUUUGAUUGUUACUGAUGUGAAGCGAGGGUUGUGGCUGAUGACAAUGUUUUUUUUCCAUUUUGAGAUUAAAUUGUUUUCAAUGUAUUGACAAAAGUAAAUAAAUGGAUAUUCAAUGAGUGAUUUGA